UAAAUCAUUUUACUUUCCUCUAUAAUGACAAACCAAUUUUUGAUGUACAAAAUGUGGAGAAAAUCGGAAAGUUUUGUCUAGAACUCGAACCCGUAAGUUCACAAUGCAUUUGGGCAGUCGGGCGGUCGCGGUCCGACGUCUGUGUCCGCAGCUUGAAGUUCUCCGUCAGCGGUUUGUGGAGUGCGCUGGGAACCAACUGGAGUCCGGGCACUGCUCGGGCACCAUGGCAGACGUGGCCAAGAAAAUUCGAGAGCACGUGGGCGUGGAAGGGGGCUAUCACGCCAUCCCCAAGAGCCGGGAUGGGCUGCUCAAGUUCCAGCCGAAGCGCAACGAGUUGCCGAACCGCUCCAUGAAGGAUUCGCACACAACCGCCAACGUCCUCCUGGAAUCCGAUGCCCUGAUGAGGGAACGCUUUGUUUACGGGUUGGGCUUGUUGCGCAUGGGCCGGAUAAUGGAGGAACUCGAUCUUCUUGCCGUGUGGAUCUGCCACCGACACAUCUUUCCGCCGCUCCUUCCCAAAGGCGUUCCACUGCCGUACACGUUCGUCACCCUACUGGUAGACCAUGCCCACUUCCUGGUCGAGAAGUUCAAGCCGGAUGUGGACGUGUCUCUCUCGGGCCAUGUGUCUUGGACAGGCAACAGCUCCAUGGAGAUCACGGCGUAUGUGCGCCAAAGCGGGCUGGUGCUGGCGAAGGCCAUUUUUAUGAUAGCAGCUCGAAAUGCCACCAAUAGCAGACCGGCCCCAGUUAAUCCCCUGGUGCCGGCCGACGAGCUGGAGGACUGUAUCUACAAAGAGGCCCUGGAGCGGCACAAACGGCGGACGGAGAAGUUGGCGCGCCUGGAGUCUAAGCGGCAGCCCACGAUGGAGGAGGAGCAGAUCAUGUACGAGGUGUUCACCCGGACCAAGGGCAUCGAGGGGCCUUCAGAUACCGCCACCCUGCCGGCGGACUGCCGCUGGAUGUCCGAGUGGCAGCGCAGCACCCUGCUGCAUCCGUUCCCGCAGAACCGCAACGAGGCGAACACAAUCUUCGGGGGCUUCAUCAUCCGCGGCGCCAUCGAGACGAGCUACAUCACGGCCUGCCUCUACUGCGGGGACUAUUCGGUGAUCCGGUUCAUAUCCGACAUAACGUUCACGCACCAGAUUCCCGUGCACAGCUAUAUGAAGUUGAGAGCUUACGUGGUCUACACCCACGACAACUACAUACAGCUAAUGACCGUGGUGAUCGCCAUCAAUGGCAACAACUUUACGGAGUUCCAUUGCAACACCCUGCACCUGACAUAUAUCUGCAAGCACAAGGUUCCGGAGAUCCUGCCCAGGAGCUACCACGAGGCGUUGUGGUACCUGUCAGGUCGUCGCCACUUCCAACGCUUCCUUACCUCAAUAAAUAGGGACAUGGAGGGGAGUGGAUCGUCGAGCGCGGGUGAUGAUUAGGACAAGAAGCAAUAAGUGAUCCAUUGGGAACGGAAGUAUUAAUUAAAAUUUAAAUUCAUUUAAGGGGGGUUCUACCUAGUUGCCCUCAA